UGAAGGUAGCAUUUUCCCCGCAUCACCCUGUACACUUUCAGUUAGCCAACCGCUUGUUUGUCUGCCGCACAGGUGUUUGUGUGUGUCUGUGUCGACUCGUCCUUUUGUGUCAAAUGCCGAAAACUCCAGAUGACAAACUAAACGCCCGAUGACUGGAAUAUUUCCUCGGACUCCUAAAAAAACAGGACAGGACACUGUGGGAACAACAACAACAAGAAAAAGCGGAGCUAACCGGUCGUAAGGUUAUCAUGUUGGCCCGAGCACGACAGGUGCACCGCAGCUUCGAGAUUUUAGACGGUUAGCCUCAUCGUUUAUGCUACAAACAAGCUUGUACAUCUCUGUUUUUACGAAUAGAGACCCUAUAAAUACACAUUUUGUCAAGGCUUCAGCAACCUGUAAUAGAUCCAGAUAAUCUACAGAGAGUAAAGUUCAACAUCUGGAAACCUUCAGCCUCCCUUCCUCCUCUCCCCCUCCACCCUUCUCUGCCUCUCUACCUCUCCGACCUUUGCUCUUCUUCCCCGUCCCCCUCUUUUCACCUUCCCUUGAGUCCUCUCCCCUCCACCUCCUCAUCUCCUUCCUCAUCGGUCUCAUCACCUCAUCUCAGCACAUCCACCCGCCUCCAGCUCACCUCUCCGGCUUCACAGUCUGAAUACUGACAUGGCGUCGGCCCAAUCAGAGCAGUCCAGCGUCCUGCAAGAGGAGCUCACCUGCCCGGUGUGCCUGGACUUGUACCGCGACCCCCACUUGUUACCUUGCGGCCACAACUUCUGCAAGACCUGCCUGGACCGUCUAAAGCGGCAAGCAGACCGAGGUCGCUUCCGCUGCCCAGAGUGCCGUGACAGCCACCGGUGUGGCACCAACUUUCAGAAAAACUUCAAACUAGCCAAUAUUGCUGAUGACUACCGUCACCGCCGCAGAGCCACCACUGCAGCUGCUACAGCUUUGAAAUCCAGAGAGUCGCUGACUUCUUCUCUGCCAACACAGCAGGCCAAGAGUGUGUUUGCUGUUCCAUGUGACUACUGCCCUUCAGUCGCCGCAGAGGCAUCAGGCACCUCCGCAGACGGGCCUUCUGUUUCUCAGGAAGGGGGUGACAAGAAGGAAGCUGCUGCUGCUGCGUCAGUGUUUGCAGUGAAGACAUGCCUGAAGUGUGAGGUGUCGAUGUGCCAGGAGCAUGUAAAGCCACAUCUGGAGCUGCCGGCGUUUCGCGAGCAUCCGCUGACGGAACCGAUGAAUGACUUCUGGAAGAGGAAGUGCCCGGAUCAUGACGAGAUAUACAGAUACUACUGCAUGGACGACAAGAUGUGCGUGUGCAACGCCUGCACUAUAGAAGGAGGACACUCGGGACACACAAUCAAGACCCUGAAAAACACAAUGAAAGAUCUGAAGGGAACGCUGGAUAAGCAGCUGUACAGGGUUGAAAGGAAAUACAGCAUGGCGGAGAAAAAACUCCAGGAGCAGAAGGAGAAGGAGAGACAGAAUAAGAAGUUUAUGGACGACUCUGAGCAGUGUUUGAACAGGCUGGGUGACGAGAUGAAGGCCAAAGUUCUCCGCUUCAUCACCCGACUGCGAGAAUGCACGCGUACUCACUGUGACACCAACGGGCCAGCGAUUCAGAAGAACAUCUCCAGGAUCUGCCAGGACCAGGCCCGUCUCCAGGAGGUCCGCUGUGGCCUCGAAAGCCUCAUGCAGGAAAACGACCCUUUCCGCUUCAUCGAGGCAUACAAGACAACAGGAAGACAGUGCCGCAGGCAGUUAAGAAAAAACAUGUUCUACCCAGAGUACAUCGACAUGGAGACGGAGGUUCUCGGAGUGAUGAUGGAAGAUGAAAUGAGAAAAUUCCUUGAUGAGGAACUUCCAUGUCACAUUGUUGCUGCCAUUAAUUCUCUUUGUCAUCUUUCAGAUCUUGAGGAAGAGGAAGAGCAGGAGGACAAUGAGGAAGAGGCCGUGGAGGAGGAGGAGGAGGACGACGACGACCUCGAUGACAGCAGCGAAGAAGAAAUGAGGAGCGAGGGGGAGGAGGAGGAAGAUGAGGAGGAAGAGGAGGAAGAAGGACACGACCUGAACGAGCUGGUCGAUGAUCUUUACAGCCCUGGGGAGGAGGAGGAGGAAGAGGAGGAAGACGGUGAAGAGGAGGAAGACGAGGAGGACGACGACGGAGAUGAGGAGGACGACGAAGAGAGAGGGGUUUAACAAACGGAAGACAGGAUUUGUAUAUUUUUUACACCAAUUAAAAGCACUUUGACUGUGGGUGAAUGCAACAGAUUUUGAGGUUUUGACAUCAGUUCUAGUGUCGUCACCCUGAAGUUGCAUCCAUCUUCUCUUCGAAUGUCCCUUGUACAAGAAAGUACUCGGAGCAGCUGCCACAUUUUGCCUCAACACCUCUGACAAUAUUGAGAUGACACACUGGAUGAUACAGCGACUGAGCUUUGACUCAGCUGUGUUUAAAAAAACAAAACAAAAAAAAAACAACUUGUGCACUGAGAAUCUGCCAGUGUGAGUCUCCUGCUAAACCUGUGUUGCAUACUUCUAAACUUAAUUAAGGUGCUUUAUAUCAGAAGACUUUGCUGUAAACACACAUGAAUGUGAAUAAUGAAAGAAUGUGACUGGACGGACUCAAAUACUUAAAUUGGCAAACCCUCUGUUUGUCUGUGAUGCCUGAUUUUUUUUUUUUUUUUUUUUUUUACCACUUUGCUAGAAAUUUCACAAAAUGUGGGAAAUUUGCCUAUACAGUAUUGACAGAUUUGAUCUGGUUUGUUCAAAAAUUUCCAGGCAUAGUUGAGUUUCCCAGUUUUCCAUUACCAUAGAAAGCCUUUUGACCGGUAUCCUUGUUUUGAAUAUAUAUAUAUAUUACAUAUAUAUAUUUCCUGAACGAGAUGAAGUAAAUCAAACACACACGGUGAUUAACAAUCUACUUGAAUGAGUCUCUGUGUUUAUGGAUUGUCGUGAUAGUUAGAUUCAUGCUAGAGUUGAAUACUGCAAGCCAAAGAGUGAGGAUGUGUGUGUGUGUGUGUGCACACGCGGAUACUUGUUUUGAAAAGAUCGUUUGCUCGGCAUGACCCUAGAAAAAGAAAUGCAAUGUGUAAAAUAAGAGUUUACAUAGGCUACAGUAUGACUUUGCUUUUCAUUAUUGUGCUUUAAAAGCAUUUAAUGCAUUGUUUUAAAAGAAAAUGUCUAAUGUUCCUAUGCACUGUUCAUACAUUAUUCUUAAUAUAUCAGUUUCAGGUGAUGUGGAAUUUUGCACUUUACUACAAUAAAAUGCUAUGUUAGGCCUAAAAUAUUUGAAUGUUAAAGUUUACUUUUUAUUUUGAUACGAGUGAUUUCUGUGAGGGGCCAAACUGAAAUAAUUAAUACAUAAUAAUAAUAUAAUAAUAAUAAUAAUAAUAAAGCCUGCUGAAAUGUG